AUGUUGGUUGGAAGAACGCAGCUCCUGCUUCUCCUUGCUAGCUCCGUUACUGCGGCCAGUCCGGAGCCUGGCAGACUUUCCGUUGAUUUGGUGGAGAAUGAAGUAGUUAAUGGAGACAUCGAAGGAAUGAUGCCCGUGAACAAGGCCCCUGCGGAUGAUGUGGCAGCAGCGGCAGCGGCAGCACCAGCAGUUGCACCAGCAGCGGCUCCAGCACAGGCUAAUCAGCCCGCAGCGGCAGCACCAGCAGCACAGGCUAAUCAGCCCGCGGCGGCGGCCCCGGCAGCACAGGCUAACGAGCCCGCAGCUGCAGCACAGGCGAACCAGCCCGCAGCGGCAGCACCAGCAGCACAGGCGAACCAGCCCGCAGCGGCAGCACCAGCAGCACAGGCUAAUCAGCCCGCGGCGGCGGCCCCGGCAGCACAGGCUAACGAGCCCGCAGCUGCAGCACAGGCGAACCAGCCCGCAGCGGCAGCACCAGCAGCACAGGCUAAUCAGCCCGCAGCGGCGGCCCCGGCAGCACAGGCUAACGAGCCCGCAGCGGCAGCUCAGGCAAACCAGCCCGCAGCACAAGCUACCCACAGUAAAAGCACUACUGCUUCGCCGACAAAGGCCAAGGACGGAAGUGAAUCCACCGGCGUCCCUGAUCCCUCAACCAUUUUGGACUACUGGACUCACGAUGGCGUUUGGCACACAACUGAUUCAUAUGCCACUAUUAUUGAUCACGGAUCGUUCAAGACAACUCUAAGGCAAACGACUAGUUACUGGUUUCACACUACUUUGCCAGAUGGCUCGGUAUCUGCUUAUCAAAGUGCUUACUUCCAACCAUUCAGUAAACUAUAUGAAUCUGUUGAUACUCCUAAAUCGGGUGAAGUAGGUAUGGGUACGCUGUCAGGGUCGAUCGGCGUGGUAAAGCCGCCGGUCUACGUGGACAACCAGGGUGGUGCGGGUACGAUCCAAAAUAAUAUCUCAUUGUUCUCGUUGUGUGGUACUGUGUUGCUGGUGAUGAGUCUUCUAUGA